UCUUCGCACACGUCACUCUGGGCCGGGUCCCCGCCCCCGAGCUCUAUGGUUGGUCACCCCAGGGUGGGGGCCACGGGGGCGGGGCGGGGGCGGGAAUUCCCGCCUGGUGGCCGGAACCAAGCGGAUGCCCGGCGCCGGGACCCUUGCGAGGCCUGAGAGUCGUCGGAACUACCACCGCCACCAUGGGGCCCUGGGGGGAGCCAGAGCUCCUGGUGUGGCGCCCCGAGGCGGUGGGCUCAGACCCUCCAGUGCCUGUGGGUCUGGAGGUGAAGUUGGGGGCCCUGGUGCUACUGUUGGUGCUCACGCUCAUCAGCAGCCUGGUUCCCAUCUGUGUGCUGCGCAGAUCCGGAGCUAGCCCUGAAGCCUCAGCUUCUCGCCAGAAAGCCCUCAGCCUAGUCAGCUGCUUUGCUGGGGGUGUCUUUCUGGCCACCUGUCUCCUGGACCUGCUGCCUGACUACCUGACUGCCAUCAACGAGGCCCUGGAGGCCCUUCAUGUGACUCUCCAGUUCCCCCUCCAGGAGUUCAUCCUGGCCAUGGGCUUCUUCCUGGUCCUGGUGAUGGAACAGAUCACGCUGGCUUACAAGGAGCAGUCAGGGCCACCACCUCGGGAGGAGACAAGGGCUCUGCUGGGCACCACGAAUGGUGGGCCACAGCACUGGCAUGAUGGGCCAGGACUUCCACAGGCAGGUGGAGUCCUGGCAGCCCCCUCAGCCCUGCGAGCCUGUGUACUGGUCUUCUCCCUGGCUCUGCACUCAGUGUUUGAGGGGCUAGCAGUUGGGCUGCAGCGUGACCGGGCUCGGGCCAUGGAGCUGUGCCUGGCUCUGCUGCUCCACAAGUGCAUCCUGGCCGUCAGCUUGUCCCUGCGGCUGCUGCAGAGCCACCUUCGAGCACAGGUGGUGGCUGGCUGUGGAGUCCUCUUCUCAUGCAUGACUCCUCUGGGCAUUGGGCUAGGGGCAGCUCUGGCAGAGUCAGCUGGACCACUGCACCAAUUGGCCCAGUCAGUGCUGGAGGGUAUGGCAGCCGGCACUUUUCUCUAUAUCACCUUCUUGGAAAUCCUGCCCCAGGAGCUGGCCACUUCUGAGCAGAGGAUUCUCAAGGUUAUUCUGCUUCUGUCUGGCUUUGCCUUGCUCACUGGCCUACUCUUCAUCCAAAUCUAGGGGUCUCUGAGAGGGCCAGGUAAGGCUGGGUAUCAAGUACCCUUGACCUUCCUGUCUUCCACCAGUGUGUGGGGAAGGGUGAUACUGGGAACCAAAGAGUUCUCUGGGAGGUAGGAAUGAAGCCUUUGGAACUACCUGACCAAUGAGAGUGAAAUGGGCAGAUAAGAGCCUAGCCCCCAGGCCCAAGGGUCAGGGGAAGGUCAAGUCAGUAGACAUGAUCAAGGGACAUUAGUGUAUGGGGGAAGACAUUGACUGCUAGGACCUAGGGUCAUACACUACACUUAGGGACAAGCUGACACUGGGGAGGCUUGAGGUAGGAAGCAUGUUUCUGUGGCAUAAAGGUAGAGAGAGGGCAUGGGUCCAGAGUCAGCAGGCCUCUUGGUUCUAGCCAUUUUAUGUGUGCUCAACCAGGUGUGCCACCACCCAGCCCCUGGCUCUGGCCCAUUUCAACCCUCUGCCACCUGGAGUUGACCCCUCCUACUUUUCAUGGCGCCUACUCAUAUCCAUCCCCCUCUUCCAUUCUCCCUGGGGACUGGUACCAAAUUACCUUUCCCACCAGUUUUGGUACCUUCUCUGGCUUCUCCACUCCCAUUCAUUCCUCUGUUUUCAAAGUGCCAAAUAAAUCUUCUCGCUCUUUUGCAAAGCACAGGGAUGGCACCGAGCCUUGCCCAGUCAAUAGAGAGGGCCUGCUUGCUCUAUAUUUUGAUCUCAGAUCCUAGGAGAAGGGAAGGGUUGGCAGAGCUGCAGCCCGCUAACACUGCUGCAUCUAGGUAUGGGGAGUACAGACAUGCCCCAUGGCCCAGAUGAUUAACAAUGAGCUGCCAAAACCUUUUUAUACCAGAGGAGCCCAAGGGGUGGGAGGACACCACCCCAGGGUUAUUUUUUGGGUGGGUGGGUGGGGGACUAUGUAUAGGGCCAUAUUCUCUAGAAUCUAUUUUCUAACUGACCUGUUUUGGGACGUGUUAACCCAAAUAAAAGAUGUUUCUAUACGUC